AUGUGCUGCUCGACAAAAAUAAAGAAAAGAACGCUUGAUCCUUGCGUGGAAAGCUUCAUCCUUGUGUCGGUUCGUUCAUGUUUGGCAACCACCGACUUUCACCGCCUUGGCUGCCACGAAACCCCUCCCUAUAUAAAGCCACGCGUCCUCACACCGUGCCUCCACCAAGGUACAUCUACAUCAACCCAACCGGCCCAAGUCCAAGGCCCAAGUUCAAAGCCCAAGCCCAAGCCCAAGCCCAAGCCCCAAGCCCCAAGCCCCAAGCCUUCGCCACGCGCCAUGGCUGCUGCCUCCACCGCCUACGCCCUCGUCGGCCCACCGGAGGCCCGUCGCCCCUCCGCCGCGGCCGCGCCGGCGUCGACCACGGCUACCACCACGGGCGACGCGUUCCUCGACCUGAUGGACGCCAGCUUCAACAAGCCGACGCCGAGGAAGGCGCUCACGGAGAACCUCUCGCCGACGUUCGUGUCGUCCGGGAACGCCUGCCUCGACUUCUUCUUCCACGUCGUGCCGGGAACCCCGCCGGCGUCCGUCGCGUCGCUGCUCGCCGCCGCGUGGGGGGCCGACCCGGCUACUGCGCUCCGGCUGGUGGCGAACCUGAGGGGGGUGCGGGGGAAUGGGAAGUCUGAUCGGGAGGGGUUCUACGCCGCCGCGCUCUGGCUCCACGGGCACCAUCCCGCCACGCUCGCGCUCAACGCCGCGUCGGUGGCGGCCUUCGGGUACCUCAAGGACCUACCCGAGCUGCUCCACCGCAUCGUGAAUGGUGGCGCCUCCACGAGGAAGCCUGGGAAGAAGGCGCGCCUCGCCGCCAAUGGCCUUGGCUUCGUCGCUCGCCGCGGCAGUGGCCGUGGCCGUGGCCGCGGCCGCGGUUGGUUCCGCUCCUCCUGCACCCGCACCCGCACCCGCGGCAGGAAGCAGUUCCGCGUCGGUUCGGCGGAGCAGCGGAUCGCGGCCAGCCUGGAGAACGACCGGAGGCUAGCGGACAAGGCGGCGGUGCUGCGCCGGAGCAGGAGGGCUGAGAACGCCGCGAGGGCGGUGGAGAGGUACAGCCGCGACGCUUCCUACCGGUUCCUGCAUGACCGCACGGCCGAUCUCUUCGCCGACCUCCUCCGCGACGACAUGCGCAAGCUCGCCGACGGCAGCUUCCGGGAGUUCUCGCUCGCGGCCAAGUGGUGCCCGUCGCUGGACAAGUCCUACGACCGCUCCACACUCCUCUGCGAGGCGAUCGCACGCCGCCUCUUCCCCAGGGGCUCGUCGCCGGAGCUUGGCGCCGACCUCCCGGACGCGCAUUACGCCUACCGCGCGCGUGAGCGGCUGCGCAAGGCGGCUCUCGUCCCGCUCCGCCGCGCGCUCAAGCUCCCCGAGGUGUUCAUCUCGGCGCGCGCGUGGGAGUCAGUGGUGUACACGCGCGUGGCGUCCGUGGCGAUGAAGAACUACAAGGAGCUCUUCCUCAAGCACGACGCCGACCGCUUCAACGCCUACCUCGACGACGUCAAGGCCGGCAAGAAGAAGAUCGCCGCGGGAGCGCUGCUCCCGCACGAGAUCGUCCACUCCCUCGACGAAGGCGGCAGCGACGGCGGCGUGGCCGACCUCCAGUGGCAGCGCAUGGUCGACGACAUGCGCGCCAUCGGCAAGCUCCGCAACUGCGUGGCCGUGUGCGACGUGUCCGGCAGCAUGUCCGGCCUCCCCAUGGACGUCUGCGUCGCUCUCGGCCUCCUCGUCUCCGAGCUCAGCGACGACCCGUGGCGCGGCCGCGUGAUCACCUUCAGCCAACACCCACAGCUCCACCGCAUCGACGGCGAGACCCUCUCCGAGAAGUUGGACUUCAUCCGCUUCAUGGACUGGGGCAUGAACACCGACUUCCAGGCGGUGUUCGACAAGAUCCUCGAGGUGGCCGCGGGCGCUGCCCUCUCACCGGACAAGAUGCUGCGCCGCGUGCUGGUGUUCAGCGACAUGGAGUUCGACCAGGCGUCGGCGCAGCCGUGGGAGACGGACUACGAGGCGAUCGUGCGCAAAUACACGGCGGCGGGGUACGGCGCCGCCGUGCCGGAGGUGGUGUUCUGGAACCUGAGGGACUCCAAGGCCGUGCCGGUGACCUCCAACCAGAAGGGGGUGGCGCUUGUCAGCGGCUUCUCCAAGAACCUCCUCAAGCUGUUCCUCGACGACGGCGGCGCCCUCUCCCCGAGGGCCGUCAUGGAGAAGGCCAUCGCCGGCCCGGAGUACGACAACCUCGUCGUCUUCGAUUGACAACACCACAAACUCUCGUCUUCAUCUUUUUGUUUUUGUUAAGUUUGGCGAAGUUUUGAGAAAUUUUGUUUAAAAAAAACAGUACACCUCCUCUAAAUAAACUCGAAAAUU